UCUUGUGGAUAUUCUGUCUCUGUUUAAGCGAGGAGCCCUAGAGCUAGCUGGGAGGGGCGCCAGAUGCUGGGCGCGAUCGAUUCUGCGGCGCUGCUUCUUCUUCUUCUUCCUCUUCUUCUUGGAUCGCAUAAUCUAGCUGCUGCUGCUGCUGGGGAUCAUGGAGUGCAGUGUUCCAGGGCUAGAAGCCGGACGGCGAGACACAUUUUGGAAGAGUAUCUUUUGCCUUUCGUGGAGAAUGAAAACUAUGCCUUGUCUCCACAGUGUCGCUUGCAUGCUAGCAACGACGCUUUCAGAGAGCAAGAGCGUGAGAAGCAGUUCUACCACAUACACGACUGGCGUUGUGGAUACUGCCACAAGAUUUUCGAGAGCGAGGAGUACCUCGACUUGCAUUUCGACAACCGGCAUUCCGAAACGCUCAAUGUGAGCCGCGACAAUUGUCUAGCUGAUGUUUGUGGCGCUUUGCACUGCGACUACAUGGAGACCAAGGACAAGCACAAGUUCUCCAAAAACAAAUGCAGCCCCAGUGUCGAUCGUAAUCGUCACUUGUGCGAGAAACUAGCAAACUCGUGCUUUCCUCCGCAACAAGGUGCACAGGCAACGCGCCUCAAUGAUUUUUUCCUACGACAAUUUUGCGACGCUCACAGCUGCAAGCCAGGGAAAAGGAGCUACUUUCCUAGAGGAAGUGGACACAGGGGAAAUCAACCUGUUUACUACGCAGCUUGCUUCUUCACUGUCUUGAUUGUGCUGUUAUUCUACACUGGGCUUUACAUCUACAGAAGAGACACGCAGAUUUCUUUAGGUGCCAUGAAGCGCCUGUCGCAACACUCCGUUAAGAAUCGGAAAAAGCAUUAAGGCGUUUGUAUUAUCACUAAACUGCAGUGUCCUCGAUCGCUCGCGAUUAAAGUGGUUGUGGAUACUUUCCACCUUAUUAAAGUUUUGUAGAGAUUUGACACUGGCUCAGAUGAAUCAUCCAGUCGCAGCUUGCAUUUGUGUUUCUCUGGAAACAUUCUCUUAAUGUUCUGGUUCCUUAAAUUUGAUCCAGUUGUAGCAGAGGAA